CGGCUGCGGCGGAGCGCGCCGGGCGCGAGGUCACCAUGGCCGGGCUGCUGCGGGACCUGCGCGGUUCGCAGCUCGUGGCCCGCUUCCAGCGCCGCUGCGGGCUCUUCCCGGCGCCCGAGGGCGGUCCCCGGGAGAAGGGCGCGGGCCGGGCGGAGGGCGCGGCCGGACAUCACCCCGCGGUCCGCGGCCAGGGCGCCGGGGCCCCGCAGGCUUAUGUACAGGACUACAUCGUGAAGAACUAUUUCUACUAUUACCUGUUCCGAUUUUCAUCCACUUUGGGUCAAGAGGAGUUCUACAUCACAUUUCUUCCAUUCACUCAGUGGAAUAUCGAUCCUUAUUUAUCCAGAAGACUGGUCAUGAUAUGGGUUCUGGUGAUGUACGUGGGCCAGGUGGCCAAGAGCAUCCUGAAGUGGCCUCGGCCCGCCUCCCCGCCCGUCGUGCAACUGGAGAAGAGAGUAGUGGCAGAAUUCGGAAUGCCGUCCACCCACGCCAUGGCUGCCACCGCCAUCUCCUUCACCUUCCUCAUCUCCACCAUGGACAGAUACCAGUACCCCUUCCUCUUGGGACUGACGAUGGCCGUGGUAGUCUCCACCUUGGUGUGUCUCAGCAGAAUCUACAUGGGGAUGCACACAGUCCUGGAUGUAUUGGGCGGUGUCUUGAUCACCGCCCUGCUCAUCGUCCUCACCUACCCUGCCUGGACCCUCAUCGACCGCCUGGACUCCGCCAGCCCCCUUCUCCCUGUGUGCGCCAUCAUCGUGCCCUUCUUCCUGUGCUACAAUUACCCCAAGACGGAUUACUACAGCCCGACCAGGGCAGACACCACCACCAUAGUGGCUGCCGGGGCUGGGGUCACUGUAGGCUUCUGGAUCAACCAUUUCUUCCAGCUCAUGUCCCAACCUGCCAAACCUGUCAUUCAGAACAUCCCACCACUGACCACCGAUAUGAUCGUUUUGGGUCUGACCAAAUUUACGGUGGGGAUCGUCCUGAUCCUCCUGGUUCGUCAAUUUGUACAAAAUCUCUCUCUGCAAGUGUUAUACUCGUGGUUCAGGGUGGUGGCCAGGAACAAGGAGGCCCGGCGGAGACUGGAGAUUGAAGUGCCUUACAAGUUUGUCACCUACACCUCCGUUGGCAUCUGUGCCACAACCUUUGUGCCAAUGCUGCACAGGGUUUUGGGACUCCCCUGAACCACUCUGCUGGUCAUGAGAGCCAAUAGUAUAACUGGGAAGAUGUUGGGCAGGUCAUCUUGACAACUCAUAUUUCUUAAAAAAAAAUCUUAAAUCAUAUCCUUGCUUUGCUGAUACAGAUACUGCUGUGAAUCUAACGGUGAUUAGUCUGUAGGAAUUAUGCUACAAUGGCACUGGGGCUGGAACCUCAAGAAAGUUCUUUAAGAACAUGCCUGCCCUCUCUAUUACAUGGACUUAUUGAAUCUCGUUCUGGGUAGC